GCUUUGCCUUAGCUGCACUACUCUGCCCUGACCUUUGGAGAAAGACGGAGCUGUUUUUUCUGACAGUCGCAAAGUCACCAUGGACAUCCACCGAGUAUCUAACAGCAAUCAAAUGGAUUAUAACAUCGACAGCAUGGAGCCCAAACACGGGAAAAUGCUGCCUUGCCAUGAGGACCGUUUCGACAGCGGCCUGGAUUCCCUGAAGGAGGACGAGCUGGUGAACGAGUUUGAGGACAUGCAUGUGAACAUAAGCGAGGAGCUCACACAUGAAUACGAACCGUGGAGAUCUGUAGUGACUGACGAUGGUGACACACUCCUCCACUUGGCCAUCAUCCAUGAAGCCACAGAACAUGCCUUUCAGAUGAUCAAACUCUCUCACAAGCACCCCUUCCUCAAUGCACAGAACCACCAGAGACAGACUGCCCUCCACCUGGCAGUGAUCACAGAGCAGCCUCAGUUAGUGGAGAGGCUCCUGAAGGCCGGCAGUGACCCACGUCUAGCCGACGACAGCGGGAACACGGCUCUCCACAUCGCCUGCAAGAAGGGCUCCCUCGCCUGCUUCGGCGUCAUCACCCAGAACUGCCAGCGCCACAUCGCCUCUAUGGCGUCCUUCCCCAACUACAGUGGACAUAGCUGUCUCCACUUGGCGUCCAUUAACGGCUACAUCUCAUUGGUUGAAAGCCUCGUUCGGCUGGGUGCAGACAUCAACGCACAGGAACAGUGCAGUGGACGGACGUCGCUCCAUCUGGCCGUAGACCUCCAGAACCCCACACUGGUCGGGCGCCUCCUCGAGCUCGGCGCUGACGUGAACUGCUUGAACUACGGUGGCUUCACGCCGUACCACCUCACCUACGGACGCCAGAGCGAGGAGAUCCGCCGCCAGCUGUACGAGAGGACGCCGCAGGAGCUGAGGGAGCUGCCUGACAGCGAAUCAGACGAUAGCGAUAUGGAGGAUCUGGAUUCAUCGGAGGAUGAGCUGUACGAUGACAUAAAGUUCGGAAAGUAAACAGAAGCAUCCCAUCUACCGGUGCUGUGAAUGACAGUGAAGCUGCUACAAUGUGGCCCAGCCACGGCCCACCAAACGAGGGACACAUCAGUCCAUGUCCCCCGUCCAGGCCCAAGUCCACAGGUGCUGGUCCUGGGAUCAAAAGAACGUGGAUGAAGACGGUGUCCAGUCUGGUCAAGCCCGGUCCGGAUCACAGAAUGAUCUGCACCGAAACACCAUAAAACAGCAAGACCACCACCUCCAUAGUCCUUCUAUAUACUGCAAAUAUACAUUGAUGUGUAUAUACCAGACAAGACGUGUGUAAUAUAUUGUAAAUACAGAGAUAUUAUUUUUGUACCUGUACAUAUGUGUGAAUUUAAACACUAUUAACAAAAAGUUGUUCUGAAUAAAAAGAAGUUUAUAAAUAUA